AGAACGUUCAGAAGAGCAUUGGCGUCGGCAAUUAAAAAGAAAGAAAGUGGUGAUGGAUCGGUCAAAAAGAACAAAAGUCCUUAUCUACUUGAUAUUGCAGUCGGUCAUCUCGUGCGCAUCCUCGUGAACACAAGACGUACGGACGUACAACUUCUGUAACGUUUCUCGCGCUCUUGUCUGACGAGACUCGUCGUUCAUCAUGAGCCUGGAAA